AUGAGCCCAUUCCGGGCGCGAUCUCGGUCUGAAGCAGGGUGGUUUCUCGCCGGCCUCAGCUCCUCAUUUCCCGACCUGGGAACUGACGAGGGCAACCUCUCAGACCUCCGGUUCUGUGAUACGGACCUGAAGCCGGGAUGUAAGGUCUUUCAUGUUCCCAAGUCGGAUAGUUCACGGAGCACCGAGGUGCUCUUGGCACCUGAUACCCUCAGCUACGCCGAAAUUGAGGGAGAUCUGAAAGAGCAAGUCCUUGUCUUUAAAUAUAAGGGAAAGUUCCAUGCUGUCGAUCAUAAAUGUCCGCACUCCUCAUAUCCCCUGUCGCAUGGCACUCCAUUUGACAUUGAGGACUUUGGCAUCGUGUUGAGCGCAGGCUUGACAUGCCCAAAGCAUGGAUGGUCGUUUGACCUGUUCUCGGGAAUGGCGGACAGAGCUAGGUACAAACUGGGUGUGUGGGAAGUCCAGUUGCGUGAAAUUACAGAGACGAAGAUGUCCGUCCCAUCGAGGGAAUCUCAAGCUGUGAUGGAAAGCUCAGAUAAAGAAGUAUGGGUGAGGAGAAAACAAAGGAUAGGUUAG